CUUUUUUUUUUAAAAAAAGAAAAGUGAUACAAGACAACUUGAGAAGAAUUUGCCCGUAUUUGGAAGUGUGUUUUUGCUAUUGUUGUUUUUAAUGCAAGACAGACUUUAUAUUUUGUUUUGUUUUGUUUUUUUCUCUCUUUUUCAUAAGCUAUGGAAGAUUACGAAACAACCACGACUACAGAUUUACAAGGUCUAUACAAUGAUAUCGAACAUUUGAUAGAUGUUCCCUUUGACCAGUUUACAAAAGAUGUUGAACAAAAGAUUCCUGAAGAAACACCUCAAGAGAAUUAUGCUUUUGAACGCCCCAUUUUGAUUGAAAGUGAUAAUGAUGAUAUUGAAGAAGAACUAUGGACGCCAGAUCAAGCACACUAUGCUAUGUCUACAUGUUAUCGAUGCAAUAAACCCAUACCCUCACUUCAAUCGUCUAGUCUACAAUUAGUAGCUUCAGAAUUGAAUGUAGCUAACAUAUGUGCAGACUGUUUAAACAGAAAACGAACAAGAUCCAGAUCAUUUACAUUGGAUGGAAACAAUGUGUUGACUCAGUUUGCUGAUAAACUAAAGCAAUCCUUUGGCAGUAAUAGUCUCUUGUCUCCUUCAAAGACAGUUAAUCGUCGAAAGAGUAUGCCUUCCAUGAACUCCACUUUUACUGAGCAAUCGCUGGAUGUUCCUAGUCCAACACCCUCUCGACCGAGCAGUCGAGCUUCUUCAUUUAUUGAAGAUGUUAAACAGUUUCUAUCGCCUCUUUCUCGAAAAUCAAGUCGAAAUUCAUUAUAUCAAGACUAUCAAGAUCAAACACCAGAUGGUCCCAAAAAAAAGACGAGCCAUAGCUCAUUGUUUGAUGCUAUCAAUCUAUGCAAACCCAAACAGAAACAAAACACGACGCCUUCUUAUGAACGACGUAUCAUUGGUCUAUUGGAAGACGAUACGACAUGGGCUCAAGAAGACAGUGAAGUAUUCGGUAUUCAUCAAAAACAAUACCAUCAACAAAACCAGGAUCCACUUGUCAGUAAUACUUAUAUACCCCUUCGACGUAAACAGAUCAAACAAAUUGAGUCAAGACAAGAAAGAAUGAAUGUUUAUAAUAAUGCCUACAUCGAAUGCAUGGAAUUACAAACAGACCUUGUGCCUUGGAUUAUUAAGCAAACACAAAAGGGCCCACCCGAUGCUUGGUUUGGUUAUGUUCCUCCUCCAAGAGAACCAAAGAAAUUCAUGGGUCUCUUUAAGCGUAAAUCAAAACAAGUGGAUGGAAACAACCUUCGAGCGCAGCAGCUUCAGUUGGGUGAUGAGCUAUUAAGUAGAACAACACCUUUGUUAAACCGUCAAUACAGCAAUAGUCAACUCUCAGUAUCUCCUGGUGCACAAUCUCCUUUAUAUGAUCUACAAGCAGAUUUUGCUACUUCGCCUGUGAGUCAACAGCCAGAUAUAGAAGAUGAGUCUAUCCAUUCACCCUACAAGCCAGAUCCAAUUCAGCCAGUAUCCAUCUUGAAAAAGAAACCUUCAAGCAGACACGUCUAUCCCCAAGAGAACAGUUUUGAAGACUAUGGACCAGAAGAAAUAGAAGACAUGUAUCAUGAAGCUCCUUAUAAUCAACAAAAGCCACACAGACCAACGCAUGCUGUGGAAGACUACUAUUACCACCAUGAGAAUGUCAGAGGGAGAAAACACAGCGGCAGCUAUAGAAUGGCUGAACAAGAGCAUGUUAACCCACCAAGAAGAAGGCAAAGUUAUCGUUCUCUAGAACAAGACCAUCGUCCAGUGUACGAAAAAGAAAGUCGCUAUUACCGUGAACCACACAGAUCAAGUAGAAGAAGAAGAGAUAGUUUUUAUGAGCACUAUGAUCAUGAAGAAGAAGUUCCUUAUGAUUACUUUGAUUUGCCAGCGCAUCCUGUUCGUCCACCUUCAAGCAGAAGGGUCUCUCCUGCUAGAAACUAUGCUUCCAGACUUGAUUAUUAUAGCUCAGCAGCCAAACAAAACCCUUACAUGAUGGAGGAAUGGGAAGCCACAUUGGAUGAUUUAUGCGACUUGUUUCCUCGAAUGGACCGUCAUUAUAUCAAUGAAUUCCUCAUGUCUGCUCAAGGCGAUUUUUUUAUUGCCAAAAGUAUGAUUAUGGAAAUGAUUAUGAAGAUGCCUUAAAAGAAAGAAUGAUGUAACAUGAGAAAAAUAAAAUUUAUC